AUGUCGUCUUACGCCGACCCCGAGGGUCUGGCGGACUCGAUGGACCGCGCGGCGGCGAUGCUCCGCGCGGCCGCCGACGAGUUGCACGUGAUCGACGAGCCGUUCGUGCCUCUCCUCGGAGUCAACUUCGCGGGGCGCGUCGCCGUGUUCGUCUCGAGGCUGCCGUGGCUGCGCAUCGUCGCCGUCCUGGUCACCGUCACGUGUCUGCUCGUCGCGUGGGUGAAAUACAACCACGCGAAGCUGGUGGCGCGCUUCGACGCCUUCGUGACGAAGAAGGUGUUGACCAAGAUGCGCGCGAAGCUGGCGUGCGACGUGCAGAUCGACGCCGUCCGGGUCCGACCCGGAGCGACGCCCACGACGGCGACGGCGACGGUGGAGGGGUUCAGGUUGGGGAACCCACCCACGGGCGAAUUCAACGCCCCGUUCUUGGUGUCCAUGGAGAGGGUGCUGGUGCGGUGUAACCCGCUGAGCCUGGCGGGGGUGCGGGGCCGGGGUAACUUUGUCGUCGGGUGGACCUUCGGGGAGGUGGAGCUCGUCGCCGUGCACGGCGCGGUGGUGUACGUUGACGAGGUGUUCGACCCCAAGCAGGGUAAGAAGAUACGCAACUUCCAGGGUAUACGCCGGCAGACCGCCGCGCAGCUGGCGGAGGAGAUAAACAGGGAGGAAGAGGCGUUGAAAGCGGCGCAGGAGGAGAAGAGGCUCGCUGAGGAGGCGGCGGCGGCGCUGAAGGAGAAGAACAUCGAGGUGAAGGAAACGUCCUUCUUCUCGUCCGUCACCGAUACGUUCAGCGCGGCUCAGGCGGAGAUUGAUAAGCAGCUCAAGGAGGUCACCGCUCAGGCUGCGGCGCUCCCCGGGAAUAUCAGCAGCGGUAUCCAGUCAGCUGGUGCGGAUGUCACCAACAAACUCAACGCCCUGAUCACGCUGUUGGAGCGGGUGAACCAAAAACCACCGGAGGAGACGGAGGAGGAGAAAAGGAAGAAGAGGAAGUUGGUCCUGAAUGUGGAGCAACUGACAUUCACAGAGUGGAACAUUCACAUUCUGGCGGUGAGCGAGAAAGCGUUCAAGUUCAAGUCUUGGCAGUUGGAGAAGUUCACCGGCAAGGUUGGCAUGCUCGCAAGGGAGUGCGCGGCAGGCCUGCUCAACGAAAUCAUCAAGGACUUCCAGCAGGAAAUCCUGGAUUCCCUUACAAAGGACAUCUCGGCGGUCGGAGAGGGGCUGCUAUCCAUUGGCGGCUCGGUGGUUGGCGGCGUGGCUGAGGGUGGGAACAUGAUUGUGGGUGGAGUGGGCGCAAUCGGCAAGGGCAUCUCGGACACCGGGCAGGCAAUUGACCACCUCAGCGGUUAG